UGGUGCACUGUGUCCCUAGAACACAGCAGAUCACCAAUCCCUGUAAAGAGCCGUUGAUGUAGGCUCUACCAUAUGAUCAGCAUGUGCCCAUCAUUGCCACCGAUCAGUGCCCAUCAAUGCCAAAUAUCAGUGUCCAUCAAUGCUGCAUAUUAGUACCCAUUAGCGAUGCCUGUCAGUGCCUCCUCAUCAGUGCAGUCUGUCAGUGCUGCCUAUCACUGCCCAUUGCUGCAACCUAUCAGUGCAAGUCAGUGCUGCCUUUCAGUGCCCAUUGGUGAUGUCUGUCAAUGCCUAUCAGUGCAGUCUAUCAGUACUCAUCAUUGCCACCUGUCAGUGCUGCAUAUCAGUGCCCAUCAAUGAUUCCUGUUAGUACCCAUCAGUUCCAUCUAUCAUGUUGUCUAUCAGUGCCCAUUUGUGCAGCCUCAUCAGCACCCAUCAGUG